AUGUACCAUAUUGCUUUGUGUCCCGGUCGGCCGUUUGGGCGGUUGGAGGUUUGCCGAUUUCCCAUCGAACAAAUUACUUCUGCCCACCACUGUACCUUCAAAAACCAGGAAAUUUACCCCUCACAAACAAGACCCACCUCAGAUUCGCAGAAAACAGCACAACUAGGCAGCCAUUCGACUCGGGAGAUCGUCUAUCGUCGACGUAGGACCUUCGGAGCUCGAUCUCUUGCCAACAAAACAAACAGUCUCUCGUACGGCCUCUGGAAUAAGCAGCAGAUUUACUUGGCGGCGGGGACAACAAUCGAUCAAAUUGUUCUCGAGGCGGCUGAUUUUCCGCAUGAGCUUGGAUGCGUGGGCUCCUCAAGGAUCUGGAUGAUAGAGGUGGAGGGCGGUGCUGGGGCUGGCUUGGUGAGCAGUGUGGUCACCUGCCCGUUAGACGUAGUCAAGACGAAACUGCAAGCGCAGGGUGGACUGUUUACGGCACAUCAAGCGGUGGACUAUUAUGAAGGAUUACUUGGCUCGAUGAGGAUCAUUUGGCGGGAGGAAGGCUUCCGAGGUCUCUAUCGUGGAUUGGGCCCAACGAUCAUCGGCUACCUGCCCACCUGGGCAAUAUACUUCACAGUCUACGAUGCUGCUAAGGCCAAGCUGGCUGACUCGAGACCCAAUCAUCAGGAAGAUGUCGUUGCGCACGUAUUGGCAGCCAUGACGGCUGGAGCUACUUCAACGAUCGCAACCAAUCCACUAUGGCUGAUCAAGACACGAUUUAUGCGAGUGAUUCGGGACCCACAAUCGGAACGCUACCGCCACACAUUUGAUGCCUUUCGAAGGAUCCAUGCCAAGGAGGGUCUGCGAGGCUUCUACCGGGGUCUGGUGCCGAGUCUGUUUGGGGUGACCCAUGUGGCAAUCCAGUUCCCGCUGUACGAGCAGAUCAAGUUAUACUACCACAAGGAGUCGGCCGCCGAUCUGCCUUCGAGCCGGAUCCUAAUCGCCUCCGCCACUUCCAAGAUGCUUGCUUCUUUACUCACCUAUCCCCAUGAGGUCUUGCGGACUCGCUUACAAGUACAUGCGCUGAAAUCUGCCAGCCCUUCCUCUCAUGCUUACACACCUUCGAAGAUGGUCUACCCUAAACUCCGCGAUAUCUUUCGGAUGAUCGUCCAGAACGAAGGCCUAGCUGGUCUCUACCAUGGAAUGGGUGUUAACCUAAUCCCGGACCGUGCCCAGUAG